AUGCCUCGUCACCGUAAAUAUGUUCCUGUGCCACAGCGGUAUGCUGUAGUGUACAGGUAUCCAGUGGUGCAGGUCCCUGUGCCAACCCCAGUGCCAGUCCCAGCUCCUGUUGUCACUCAGCGACCAGCUCCAGCACCUGUGCCACAGGUAGUUACUUCGACUGCUUCAUCCGUGGAGUACGACAGCGGAGUCGCCUUCAUGAACACUUCCGAUCCAUCUCUUGCUGUUGACGUCUCGCUGAGUUUACCGUCUUCACCGACAAGCUCCACCAACUCAGAAACUUCUCCUUUGCCUACAGUAGAAGAUCUUGCGGAUACCGAUGAUCUGAAUACUGCAUUCGACGGUCGAGAUUUUAGUUCUAUUAUCCUUCAUGAAGAGCCUGUUCUAAAACGUUCUAACACAUGA